AUGGCUUACGUCCGCUGGCACCUGCAGGUCGACGAGCGCACUGCGUGUGUCUGCAUCAUUGACGCGGGUGGCACCAUUCAAAUGGCCAACAAGAACCUCCUGAAGAUGUUUGGCUACAAGAAGGCUGAGCUGGAGGGCAAGAACAUCAGCCUGCUCAUGCCGCAGCCCUUCAGCGGCCGCCACAACUCGUACCUCCGAAACUACGUGACCACCGGCAAGGCCAAGAUCCUCGACACCCAGCGGCAGGCGAGCGGGCAUGGGCACGGCCCGGGGACAGAUCUAGAGAUCCCGGUGGUUGCGCUGCACAAGGCUCGGUAUGUGUUCCCCGUGAGCAUCUACGUCACCAAGGUGUCCGGCGGCGGGGCUGAUGCGCUCUUCAUGGGAUCCAUCGCCCCUGCAGCAGAGGACCCGGGCACUGUACGCGCGUGGGUGACGAGCGGCGGACUGGCCCUCUGCGUGGACCGGCGCUUUACGGACUGGCUCGGCCGCGGGCAGGCGGACUGCGAGGGGCGGCCCUUCGCGUCGCUGGCGGACGAGCCCCGGCGCCUGGAGGACCUGCUGCUGAGGGCGUCCCAGGCCACGGCCGAGGAGCUGCAUGGCGGCAAGGUGGCUCUGCAGGGCGUGGAGCUCGUCCACAAGUAUGCAGGGACGGUGCGCGUCGACAUCACAAUCGACCUGGGAGGCACGGACGACCAGCGGCUCUUCGUUGCGUCGCUGCGGCGGCACGGCCACGCGGAUGACUACCUGAUGGCCCUCGACAAAAAGGGCCAUGUGACAUACGCCACGUCAGCGCUGGCGACGCUGCUGGGCACAACGCCCGAGUCCAUGGCGCGGCAGGAGGUGGGGCGCUUCAUGGCGCAGCCGUUUGCCCAGCUGCACUCAAAAUGGUUCAAGGUGGGCAGAGACGGGAAGGAGCAUGGGAUGGGGUUGUGA